AUGCUCAGCACCACCAAGAGCAACAUCGCCGAGGAGGCAGCGGCGGCAGAUCUAGCAGUGGUUCUGGUUGCGGAGGAGACAUGCUCUUCUUCCAUAGAGGAGGAGGACGACAAGGAGGCAUAUGUUGGUGCGGUGGCACAGGACGCGGAGGCCGCAGCCGAUGUGGAGGAGCCUGAUGGAGUCGACGACGAUGACGAUAGUCUGAUGGUGAUGAGUUGGACGGAAUAUGUCGUGGCCUACAAGAGGCUAUCCGAGUCCAAGAUCAAUUACAUCCUGUCUUAG